CGAAAAUGGUACAGUAGCGAAAUCCAAAAUUCUUUCACAUCUAAACAAGGCCCUAGUUAUAUUAUAUGGUUGGCAACCAAACGCACCCAGACGCUCCCGCUGUUGAUGAGACUCGCCUGCAGUACUGCCACCAAACGAUCACUACGAGUGAGUCUACGGCGUCUAGAAUACUAGGAGUAUCAUGCCAAAUACUCAAAUGUCACUGGGAGGGAGGGAAAGAAAAAGAACGGACCUCAGGCCGCCUCCAGCCCUCCACUCCACAUUUAUCUAGCCGAUCGAUCUUCUUCCCCGAUCGAAAGCACUGCUUCCGGCACCAGCAGCCAGCAUGCAAGCCAUGAAGAGGACGAUCGUUCUGUACCCCGGCCUCUUCGUCAGCCAUUUCGUCCCCAUGAUGCAGCUCGCCGACGCCCUCCUGGAGGCGGGCUACGCCGUUGCGGUGGCGCUCAUCGACCUCACCAUGGACCAGGACGUCGCCCUGGCAGCCGCCGUCGACCGCGUCGCCUCCGCCAAGCCGUCGCCAUCGCCGUCGGUCACCAUCCACAGGCUCCCUCGGAUCCAAAAUCCUCCCGCGAUCACGGACUGCGGCGGCGACGCAGUCCUCUGGUACUUCAAGACCGUGAGACGCUACAACGUCCGCCUCCGUGAGUUCCUCUGCUCCCUGCAGCAGCAGCAGCCUCCCCGAAGCGUCGUCCACGCGGUGAUCGUGGACGGGCCCUCCGCCGACGCGCUCGACGUCACCAAGGAGCUUGGCGUCCCGGCCUACACCUUCUACGCCACCAACGCCUCCGCCGUCGCGGUGUUCCUGCAGCUUCCGUGGACCCACGCGGAAGGCCAGGGCCAGCCAAGCUUCAAGGAGCUCGGAGACACCCGUCUCAGCGUCACCGGCGUCCCACCCAUGCCGGCGUCGUACCUCAUGCCGUCGAUGCUCCACGACCCGGCCAGUGAGUCGUACAAGACGAUGAUGCGCGUGAUGCGCCGGAACCCGGAGCCCGAUGGCAUCUUGGUGAACACGUUCGCGUCGCUGGAGGCCCGGGUGCUGAGAGCUCUCAGGGACCCACUGUUCCUCCCCAUCGGCGACGGCGACAGCGACAGCGACGGCGGGUGCAUGAGGACACCUCCGGUGUACUGCGUGGGGCCGUUGAUCGUUGCAGCCGGCGACGGCGAGACGAAAGAAAAGCACGAGUGCCUCGCGUGGCUGGACGAGCAACCGGAGCGCAGCGUCGUGUUCCUCUGCUUCGGAAGCUUAGGCUCCGCCACCCACUCGGCGGAGCAGCUCAGGGAGAUAGCCGUCGGCCUGGAGAGGUCCGGGCACCGGUUCCUGUGGGUGGUGCGGGCGCCUCUCCCCACCGGCGGCGUGGACACGGGGCCUCUGUUCGACCCGCGCGCCGACUCGGACCUCCAAGCGCUCCUGCCGCCCGGGUUCUUGGAGAGGACCAGAGCUCGCGGCCUCGUCGUGAAGCUGUGGGCGCCGCAGGUGGACGUGCUCAACCACAGGGCCACAGGUGCCUUCGUCACGCACUGCGGGUGGAACUCGGUGAUGGAGGCGAUCACGGCCGGAGUGCCGAUGCUUUGCUGGCCUAUGUACGCGGAGCAGAAGAUGAACUCGGUGGUCAUGGUGGAGGAGGUCGGAAUCGGCGUGGAUUUGGUUGGAUGGCAGCGGGGGCUGGUCAAGGCCGAGGAGGUGGAGGGCAAGGUGAGGAUGGUGAUGGAGUCCGAGGAAGGGGAGGAGCUCAGAGCACGUGUGGCGGCGCACAGGGAUGCCGCCGCCGUGGCCUGGAAGGACGGCGGCUCAUCGCGCGCGGCAUUUGGCCAGUUCUUGUCGGACGUCGACAGCCAUGUACAUGUACGAGGCAAAGAUAUGGAGUAGCGCUAAUGGUGGGGAAAAAAUUGGGUGCAGCCUCUCUGCACCGGCGUCUCCGUACAGGCAAUGGCAAAUUGGGUCGAAGCUGAAAUGCUUUGCUUGUGGUACGUAGAGUAACUUGUUAAGAUCUAUGGAAUGAUCUCUUGUAUGCUCAGAGUGACUGAGUCACAGAUCACGAGUUUUUAGUUUUCAGCGUCGAAGUUUCUUCUUGUAUACAGGGUAUAUGAAGGGAAAAAUCAUCCUCGUGCAGUUGUGUCGCUUUUAAAGAUGUAUGUUAGUUGUUGGGUGUUAAUUGGUAGAUGAUUACUUAACAUCCAUGUCACUUCUUGUAUACACAAAGCGCUUGUUGCAAA